AUGGCCCCUUCCUACUCCUCCGAUGGUCCACCGCACCCCUCGACGAGCAACAACGACCCGGGUUCGACUCUGGGCGGCAUCUCGUCGUCGUCGUCGAGCGUGGCCCAUGCGCGCUCGUUGCUUACGCUCGACGCGUUCAAGCAGGACAACUUCAACGUCGCCCGACUGGUCGAGAGUCUGAUGGAGGACGAUGUCAAGCAGGCCAGAGCUGAUGGAGGAGGUGCGUGCGCAUGCGGGUCACGCGACGUGGAAGGCCCGAGUGUAGGGCAGUGUAGGGCAGUGUAGGGCAGUGUAGGGCCGUGUAGGCUACGGGUGUUGGCUCGAUGAUGAUGGGCGUUACAUGCUCCAGGGCAGUGUCGAGUCGGAAUAGCGCGAUAGUCGAGAACGAGUGCACCGAGCAUGCACCAUGUGCUGACGCUGGUUCACAUCCCUUGCACGCCAGCGUUCGACCCUCAACCCCACAUCAAGACACUCGAGCAAGCGCUGUCGGUGCUGCUCCCUCUUCGCAAGGCGAACGCGACCAAGACCGCUGAACUCGAAAAGGCCGUCGCUGCCGCAGAGAGGGCUUACAGGAACGACGUUCGAGGCGCCAAGGCUGGAUUCGAAGUCAGUCCUCGAGUCCAGCGACGGGGGGGCGAGCCUUCCUCGGUGUAGGCGGCCGCUGACCCGUUAGACAAACUGCGAUUUCGAGCAGACCGUCAACACUCAAUUCCAGGCCCUCGAUUCCAAGAUUACAAAUGUAGGCAGAGGCGCUGUUCGGAUAGGUAAGCCGGCGCCUCGACCUCUUGCCAGUACCCGAGGCUCUUCCCUGACUCGUCCCCGUCUCGUCCCAUCUCGUCAGGUGAACAGCUGGAGAGCAUCGACCGGCUCAGACAACGUGCUUCCGAGGCACACGAUCUCAUUCUCUACUACAACGAGACAGCUCUGGGAGAUACCUCUCGGUGCGUCCAUAUGCGUACCCAACAUGCCAUCUCGACAGCAAUGAAUCCUCAUCCGGCCAUAACCUUUCUCCCUCCCCGACAGACUCGAGAUGAUGCGAAAGGACGGUGGAAGGGAAGGUCGGGCCAAGGUCGCCGUCGCAGCGAGGCGGUUGAUGAGCUUGGCCAGAGAGGUAGAAGGUGUUGACGGGGCCGAACAGGUGAGCAGUCACCGGUGAGCAGUUGCCGAGGUCUUCGUUCACUGAACCCUGGUGGCUCCGGCAGACCCGAGAUACGAUCGAAAAGUACUGCGAGCGCUUCGAAAAGGACAUGCUCAAGUUGUUCGAUCGCUAUUAUCGCAAAGGAGACCCAAAGGCCAUGGCCGUCAGUGCUCAGAGCUUAAAAUGACUCGUCCUGUCGGGAAGUGGUUUCUGACGUGGUCUCGUUCUAUAAUUCUCCCGCAGCACUGCGCCAAGACCUUGCAAGACUUCAACGGCGGACAGUCUUGCAUACAGAUCUACGUCAAUCAGCACGACUUCUUCAUCUCAAAGGAAAGGGUUCAAGAGUCGGCAGGGAAUUUUGUGGGCGGAGCAAUGUGAGUCAAACGGACCCCUCAUCCGCGACUCGUACUGUGCUGACCGAACUUUGCUUACGACGUCAUACAGUUGGGAGCUUUUGCCAGACCCUGACGCACUCGCACCACGCAAUGAGCCGGGCCUGAACAGCCUUUAUGAUGAGAUCCGGGUGACGGUUGGGCAAGAGGCUCAAAUCAUCACCGCCGUCUUUCCGAAUCCGCCGAUCGUCAUGCAGGUAUUCUUGCAGCGCGUUUUUGCCCAGGUCGUGAGUGGUCUUCAUGCGCUGUCAAAUGGACCGCAACAGAGGUUGAAUGAGUGGGAUGGCUCACCCGCAGAUUCAAGCUUACAUUGAAACGCUCGUGGAAACGGCAUCGUCGUCCUCGUCGCUCGCCUACCUCCGAAUCCUCCAUCUAGCACGAUCGACGACCAACACAUUGAUCGAGGAUCUCAAGACCCACGAGUUCUUCCGCGCAUCGUCCUCAUCGCUAGCUUCGACGAACGCGACGGUCACAGGCCCGGUUUCGGCGACGUUCGGUAGUCAAGCUGGUGAUCGAACCUCUGGUCAUGGCGCAAACGGAACGUCCAUCGUCGUCGGUGCUGGAGCUGUUGGGGUCGCGGCCGUGUCGAUGAUGCUCGAUCAGGCGAUGGAAGAGCUAUUCGUGCCGUACAUGGAGGGGAAUCGGUACCUCGACCGGGAAGGGAAGAGUUUGACCGAGCUAUAUGCAGGCAAACUGCUGCGGUUCACGAACUGGCAUGUGAGUGUAAACAACAAACCCCUCUUCGAGUCUAGGUCACUGAUGAGCUGCUUGCGAACGCUUAAUAGCGAGCGAUGAACAAAGCCAAACCGAGCAACACCAUCUUUGAUCGCAUGGUGAACCAGUUAACGGCGGCGGCGAACCAAGCCUCGCAAAACAUCGUCCCCGAUCGCUCGUCGAUGCACGAGCACUCGGACCUCUCUCGACUCGAUCGACUGAUGAAGCUUUCUGGAUUGUCGAACUUGGCCAAGGAUAAGAUGAAGGACGGCGAGGAGAUUCACCCUGAGCAGAUGUUUGAGGAGGGGGAUGGCGAGUUGGAUCUGGGGGUUGCUGAGAGCAUGCUCAAGUGGCAUGCUGAGGCGGUCGGGAGGAUGGUUGAGCUCUCGGUUCUGGGCGACGUGUGAGUUUGCCAUGAGAGACCGGUUCGAAGUAAUGCAAACGCAUCAUGGCUGACCUGCUAUGAUAUCGACAAUAUGCGCAUAGAUCCAAGAACGCUUUCACCUUGCUCAAGGUCCUCGCCGACUCGUUCGGCAAAGCCUACGUUGAAACCGCUCUCGACACGGCGACGCACCAGCUCUCGUCGUACGACGCCAAGACCGAACCGGACCUCGGCCCCAUGUCCGUCUGUCGCUUGGCCGAUAUGAUCAUGCACCUUUGGCAACGCUACAUCACCACGGCGUUGGUACCUCUUGCGGGGACGAGUGUGACCGUUCGUCGUGAGAUGAAUAUCUUCAACAAUCAUGUCUCGGUGAGGAUCGAGCAGAAGAUCAAUACGAUCGUGCAGCGCACGACGGACGGUAA